UAUUGACAUUUAGCUGUUGCGGGAGUAGCUGUUGCACGUUUUAGCUUCUUAUAAAAUAUAAAGAAUACCGUUGUAUUUAAAAUAUCUCCAUAUUAUUUGCACAGUAUGCAUGAAAUUGACAAGUAAUGUUAGAGUAAUUUAUAACAAUGUUCCUCUGGACGAUAUUUUGAAGUUUAUUAUACAAACUCAUAUUGAACAGUGAACGAUUUUACGACAUAAAUAUCGCGGAAACUCUCCAACAUCACAUUUAAAGUAUACACUCGGUGAAGCAAAUAGUGCAAAUUCUUUUCAAACUAUAUAAAUAAUAAUGUCAACUCUGGAAGAUAAAAUUUUAGGCGAAAAAUUACACUAUUAUUGUAGUAGUUCCAGUGAAGAUGAAGAAAAUGAUUCCGCAGACUCUGAUAAAGAGUCAGAGAAUGAAAAAUAUUCGCAAAUAAUUACAGACUCCAUAGAACCAUCAUUUUCAGAAUGGGAUGGCACAUCCAGCAACACAGGGCCAAAGGGUGUCAUAAAAGAUUGGCAACGUUACAAGCAACUGCAAGCAGAAAAGAGACAAGAACAAGAGAGUGAAAGACUUCAGUUAAUAAAGAAACUCAGUCUAACGUGUCGUAGUUCCUUAGAUGAAGAGAAAGAGAAAAUUAUGCAAACAGAUCCUGAUCUUGCUGAAUUAUUAACAGAUGAAUUUCUUUUAGAAUAUCAGAAACAAAGGAUGAAAGAAAUGCUUACAAGGACUGAAAAACUUCGUUUUGGUAGAGUAAUUAAUUUGGAAACAGCAGAUCAAUUUUUAGAAGCAAUUGACAAUGAAGAUAAAUCAGUGACAAUUGUUGUUCACAUUUAUGAAAAUAAUGUCCCUGGCUGUGAAGCAAUGAAUGGUUCUUUAAUAUCUGUUGCAGAGGAUUAUCAAUUUGUGAAAUUUUGUAAAAUUUUAGGUUCAGUAGCUGGACUCAGUAAACAUUUCAAAAGAGAAGGAGUUCCAGCUUUGUUAGUUUAUAAAGCUGGUCAAGUGAUAGGAAAUUUUGUUCAUGUAACAGAUUAUUUAGGAGUAGAUUUUUAUGCCUCUGAUGUUGAAGCCUUUUUAAUUGAACAUGGAAUGCUUAAUGAUAAAAAUUGUGUACCUGCUAUCACCUCACAUAAUGAACAUACAUUAUCAGACAGUGAAUAA